GCCGGGGCCUGGUCUCCGCAGAGGAUCGGUUGCAGUCAUGUCGGCUGCGAUUGCAUCUUUGGCUGCGUCCUAUGGUUCGGGUUCAGGGUCCGAAUCGGACUCGGACAGUGAGGGUGGACGGUGUUCACUGCCAGCUUCCGACUCCCUCAUGCACUUGACUAAAUCAGCUUCGGCCAAGCCGUCUCUGGCAGUGGCGGUGGACUCGGCUCCGGAGGUGGCAGUUAAGGAAGAUUUGGAGACCGGAGUUCACCUUGACCCUGCAGUCAAAGAGGUUCAGUAUAAUCCUACCUAUGAGACCAUGUUUGCUCCUGAGUUUGGACCAGAAAAUCCCUUUAGGACACAGCAAAUGGCUGCCCCUAGAAAUAUGCUUUCUGGAUAUGCUGAACCAGCUCAUAUCAAUGACUUUAUGUUUGAACAGCAAAGAAGAACUUUUGCCACCUAUGGUUAUGCAUUAGACCCUUCAUUAGAUAAUCACCAAGUGUCUACUAAAUAUAUUGGUUCUGUAGAAGAAGCUGAAAAAAAUCAAGGUUUAACUGUGUUUGAAACUGGUCAGAAAAAAAUAGAAAAAAGGAAAAAGUUUAAAGAAAAUGAUGCAUCUAAUAUUGAUGGUUUCUUGGGACCAUGGGCAAAAUAUGUGGAUGAAAAAGAUGUAGCCAAACCCUCAGAAGAAGAACAAAAAGAAUUAGAUGAAAUCACGGCCAAGAGGCAGAAAAAAGGCAAACAGGAAGAAGAGAAACCUGGGGAGGAGAAGACAAUCUUACAUGUUAAAGAAAUGUAUGACUACCAAGGCAGAUCCUAUCUUCACAUACCUCAGGAUGUUGGUGUUAAUCUGCGGUCCACUGUGCCACCUGAGAAGUGUUACCUUCCCAAGAAACAAAUUCAUGUGUGGUCUGGACAUACGAAGGGCGUCAGUGCUGUCAGAUUGUUUCCUCUCUCUGGCCAUUUAUUGCUGUCUUGUUCCAUGGACUGUAAAAUUAAGCUAUGGGAGGUUUAUGGAGACAGGCGCUGUCUACGAACAUUUAUUGGUCACAGUAAAGCUGUUAGGGACAUCUGCUUUAAUACUGCAGGAACACAGUUCCUCAGUGCAGCUUAUGACAGGUAUCUUAAGCUCUGGGACACUGAGACAGGACAGUGUAUAUCAAGGUUUACAAACCGAAAAGUGCCCUAUUGUGUCAAAUUUAAUCCUGAUGAAGAUAAGCAAAAUCUCUUUGUAGCUGGCAUGUCUGAUAAGAAGAUUGUGCAGUGGGACAUUCGAAGUGGAGAAAUUGUUCAGGAGUAUGACCGGCAUUUGGGAGCCGUCAACACCAUUGUUUUUGUUGAUGAGAACAGGAGAUUUGUGAGCACAUCUGACGAUAAGAGCCUCCGAGUUUGGGAAUGGGACAUCCCUGUGGAUUUCAAGUACAUAGCAGAGCCCAGUAUGCACUCAAUGCCUGCAGUGACUUUGUCUCCAAAUGGGAAAUGGCUAGCAUGCCAAUCGAUGGACAACCAAAUCUUAAUUUUUGGAGCACAGAAUAGAUUUAGAUUAAAUAAGAAAAAAAUUUUUAAGGGCCAUAUGGUAGCAGGUUACGCCUGUCAGGUGGACUUUUCGCCAGACAUGAGCUAUGUGAUUUCAGGAGAUGGAAAUGGAAAAUUGAAUAUCUGGGACUGGAAGACCACAAAACUCUACAGUCGAUUUAAAGCUCAUGAUAAGGUGUGCAUAGGUGCAGUGUGGCAUCCUCAUGAAACAUCGAAAGUCAUCACAUGUGGUUGGGAUGGUCUCAUUAAAUUGUGGGAUUAA